AUGGCACUCACGCCGCUUCGCGACAGCGUCAAGACGCCGGUACAUACAAUCACGGCCGGUACCUCGAGCUUUCAAUCCAAGGAUCGCGGCGGCGUUGAAGCAGAAAAGGCCCUGACGUACGGCCUCCACAAGCCCCUUCUCAGCCGCCUUGCGUACGAGGAGCGCAUGUACCGUAUCUUUAGGAGCUCCUCGCAGGUGCGGAUGCCCCGAGGAUGGACCAUGUUCUUCUUCGUCGCCGUCUGCUUCGUCAACGUCGUCUUCAACGUCUUCUACUUCCUCGUCAAGCACUACGCCGUCAAGUUCAUCGUCGAGCACAACGCCGUCGAGCACGCCGUUUUCAACCGGUUCCAGCUCCGUCUCCUCGACAUCGUCGGCCCCGUCCUCAUCUGGGGGUGUCACCGGCUCUGGGUCCUCCGGCACCAGCAGCUCCCCGUCGACAUCGUCUUUUACCUCCACCUCUUUCUCACUCUCAACAUCCACGCAUACAAAACGACUAAUGCUGCCGGCUCUGCCUUCACCUCCACCGUCAUUUCGACUGAGAUCUCCACCCAGACUAUUCUACCAACGGCCAACAGUGACGCAUCCUCCUCCAAGUCACACACCAGCGCGAUUGUGGGAGGUGUCGUUGGCGGUGUCGGCGGUGCCCUCUUGCUCGCUGCUCUCGUCUUCCUGCUUUUCCGUCGCAGGAGGCGCGAUGACUUCGACGGCUACUUCGACCCUGAUCGUGUCGGCGGUGGCGGUACGCUUGCCCACAUAGACCUCGCAGGUGCCGACAAUGUCGAGCCGUACACGUAUAAUCCUGCUGGCUCGGGCGCUAUUGGACCCGGCUCACAAGGUCCCUCGAGCUCCGCCACGGGCUCGGAUGAGAUGCGCCAGCACGGCAACGUCCCUGCAUUCCUCACGGGUGGCAUCGCAGGCGCUGGCGUAAGUGCCGCUGCAACACACCGCUUAAUGAGCCCCCCGACAGUCUCUGCGCCGUCACAUUACAGUCAGAGCGCAUCGCAGUACGCGCCCUCGUCCUCGGAGCACUACCCCGACUACUCGGCCUACAGCGGCGGAUAUGCCCAGCCGGGCGCGGGGUAUGCGCCGGACUUCCGGCAACCCUCUCCAGGGCCGUCGCUCGCGAUGACAGGGUCGUCGUCUGGUGGUGGAUACGGCGCUGCUGCGGGUGCGGGUGCCAGCAUCAUUACACUUACAUGGACGAUCUGCAUAGUAGGUAGUCUCAGUUUGGUACGGGAAAUAUCCAUGCUUGCGCGGGUGGCCAUUAAUGAUUGUGGGGACAAGUGCCUAAGUGUCCGAAAGAUGCAAGCAUGGGGACGAGUCCAGUAA